AUGAAGCCACCAACCCGGAUAAACCUCGCGUUUCCUAUACCCAUCACCCCAAGGACAACAAGGCCAGUGGCAAUAGCGGCCCUCGCAUUCCCACACCGGGUAGCAGCAGCACCACAGAUCCCGACCAAUAUCCGCCUCAUCUCGUCGACGGCGGUCUUCAAACACGCCGACGUAGCACCCAUAGUUGGCACAGGCCCGCCGCCGGAGCCCCCGCGGCCCUCGGCCGAGUUCGCCAAGCACGCGGGUCCCAGGAACGCCGACGAUGUGGCGGCGCGGAUUGCGCGGAGACGGAAGCAGGCAGAGGUGCUAAAAGCUGCGAAGGAGGUGAAAACCUCUGCGGGGGUGAAGAACGGGGGGGCAAAGAGGCGGUUCUGGAAGCAUGUGUCUGUUCAGGAGGUUGAUGGCACCCUCCAAAUCCACCUCGACAGCCGCAGCCUCCGCCACCCGACAACAAAGGAAAUCAUCCGCCUCCCAUCAAGCAAGCCGCACCUCGCCACCGCCCUAGCCCUGGAAUGGGACAACAUCGCCUCCACCCAGCAGGCCACGAAGCAGCACCUCACCCCGCUGACCUCCCUGGUCUGCCGCGCCAUCGACAUUGCCCAGGACGACGACGCCGAGGGCCUGAUCCGCCCCCAGAUCGUCACCACCGUCAUGCGCUACCUCGACACCGACUCGCUCCUCUGCUGGGCGCCCCCCGCCCUCGAAACUGACCACCGCAACGACGCCGGCGAGUCGCUGCGCGAAGUCCAGGAACGCACCGCCGCCGACAUCGUCUCCUACCUGACCACCCACGUCUGGCCCGGCCUCCGCUUCCACUCCGUCCUGGACGAAGGCUCCAUCAUGCCCCGCCACCAGGAGGACGGUGUGCGCGACGUCGUCCAGGGCUGGGUCGCCACCCUGCACCCCUGGGAGCUCGCCGGCCUGGAGAGGGCCGCGUUGGCGGGCAAGAGUCUGCUGGCGGCCACGCGCCUGGUGGUCGAGUGGAGCGAGCACGCCCCUGCUGGCGGUUUGCGGCCUGCUACCCCUGCCCAAGACCGGCAGUCGACCGACAACGCCGUCUUCGGUGUCGAGGAGGCCGCGCGGGCGACCAGCGUCGAGGUCGCUUGGCAGACCGACCGCUGGGGGGAGGUAGAAGAUACGCAUGAUGUCGAGAAGGAGGACUUGAGGAGGCAGUUGGGGAGUGCAGUGCUGCUCGUCUCUGGUAUGGGGAGACGGUAA